AUGGGAAAACGUUCGCUGUCCGAUGAGCAGGUGGUUCCGCAAACCGAGAAAAUGUCUUCGAAGGUCGAGAAAAAGGAGGUGAAGAAGAAGGAAGCGAAGAUGUCGGAAUCACCAAAGAAGUCAGAUUCAGAUGAGGAGCAAGUGCUUGAUAUCACCGAUGAGUGGCACCCAGACUUCGUUCCACGGAAGAAGAAGAAGAGAGUCGUACCGGAUUCCGAAGACGAUUGGGAAGAUGAUUAUUUCUAUGAGAAGGAUGAGGAGAAGAAGGAAGAGGUGAAAAAAGAGAGCAAGGAGGAGAUGAAGAAAGGCAUAAACACAAAAUAA